GGAUAUUUUUGAAUGGUAUAAAAAGACUGGUUGGUUGAAAUUUAUCAUACUCGUACUUCAGUAAGAAUACCAGUUAAUCAUGAAGAUCGCAAUUGCUCUGUUCCUUUGUGUAUUGGUAGCCAAUGUGUUAUCAGCUCCGUCGCCCAUAGAAGAAGUUGAAGAAAGUGGGCACGUCCGAGUAAAGCGAUUCACCUGUGAUGUAAUUGGAUCCAUUUCAUAUGCCAAAUUUAAACUGAAUGACGCUGCCUGUGCUGCCCACUGCAGACUCAAGCACAGACCAGGAGGAUGGUGUGACCAAACAAAGCAGUGCCAUUGCAGAUAAAUGUUUAAUGAUAUAGUGAUUGUAUUUUAUAUUCCCACCUUUGUCUUCUUUACUGUUAUUUAUGAUUCGAAUAAAAAAUAAUAAAUAAACCAAA